UGAUGGGGAUUUCUGUUUCAAAAGGCAGUAUUAUCCUAAAUCAUCACAGUCACUAAGGGUCUGUAAGGCAGGGCUUAUGUCAGAAAUAUGUGACAUAAGAGUAACAACAACAACAACAACAAUAAUAAUAAUAAUAAUAUAACAUUAGUGCCAAUUCAGACUCAAGUGGGAAGAUUACCAUAACUGGAGUCAAAGCAUAUUCCCCCUCUCUCAAAUAUAUUAUAUAUUACUGUAUUUUAUAUUGUACAUUAUAUACACUAUAUAUAUGUAAUAAAUAUUAUAUUAUUAGCAUAGCAUGUUACUAGGGGGAGGGCCCCAGAGCAUCAGUUGGGCCUCCAACUGAUGGCACAGUAGACAAGAUGGAACUGUCUUCCUGGUUCCCCCUCUCUCCUAACGUUUCGCCCGUAUUUAUGGCAGGUAUCCUGAGAGGUGGGAGGUAUAUUGGAAAUUAGGCUAGUGAGGUUUAUAGAUCUGUUUUUCCCAUAUACCUGACAACCUCUGAGGAUGCCUGCCAUAGAUGCAGGCAAACAUCAGGAGAGAAUACUUCUGAAACAUAGCCAUACAGCCCAGAAAACAUGGCCAUACAGCCCAGUGUUUACAAAAAACACUAACUACAUUUCUUAAUAGUCAAUGACUGGGUCUGAGCUACUCUCUGUUUCCAUCUCUUCUCGGAUUUAAAAGGGAGGGAAAAAUUCCAAGCCCUACAUCUCUCCUGAGACACAAGCAGAGAGAGGUCUCAAUGCACACAGCACACACGGAGAUAUAAAAGUCAGAAAUCUUGCACUAUUCUACAAAACUAACCAGAAUGAGAGAAAGAGAGAAAGAAACAGAGAAAGAACAAAUAGAUACAUCCCAACUGUCAAUCAGGAGACAAGGGGGAGGGAUUCCCCCAGCCUGUUCUGAAACUAGCUCCCUGUUUCUCAUUGGGGACUGCAGACUUGAGCAGCGUGGGGUUGAAUCACAACAGAUGGAUCAGCAGCUCUUUCCUCUGGUCCAGUCUUGUCCUUCCUCCCAAACUGGGAUGGUGUGGAGGCCGUCUCUUCUCUCUCACGUGGGAUGUUACGUGGAUGCCACUCUAUCUGGCCGAGUCCUACAGACAUCCCUUUUUUGUUCCCUUUUCUGCCUUCAUCAUUGUUCUCCACCUUUUCUUUACUGUCACGGUUUUGCACGUUCACAGCUUUGUCAGGCAAAUCUAUCCCUUUGGAACUCAUAUUUACAGCCAACUUCCAUAAAGUGUAAGAGUCCCAUUUGGCAGUUGAUGGGAGAAGUGUAUCUGUAUUGUCAUGGGGCCAAUUCCCAGAGCUGAGUCUGCAAGCUCUGGAAUUGGAGCCAUAACAACAAGCACUCCUCGAUAGCUCAUGCAGACACCUGGCACCGGAGCAUGGGAACUUUUGGAGUGAGAAUCAAAACAGCUUUAAUGAAUAGUUGGUGUUGUAGUGGUAGUAAUGUGAUAUGUGGGGUGGGGUUUGGUGAUGAUAUUUACGUGUGGUGUGACGUUGUAGCAAAGGUGAUAAAAAUGAUUGUGUGUAAACAUUAUGUCAUUCUCGACUUUUCCAAAGUCGUGUGUUCUUCAAUAAAGAUUGGUUUUGAUAACAGCUACCUUUGGUCUGUGUUCAUGCUGGUCGUUUGAAGUAAGCGUGACAUGUAUCAUCCGGCGCAGUCUGUCUCCCACCGGGAUCCACGGCUGUUUCUCUCGGCAGCAACAUACAGUGGGUCUCUCUGUGCACCAGACACCUGCCAGGAGGGCCACUGAUCUGUGCAUGUGCUUUCUUCUGCGUGAGUAUGGCGACAAAGAGAAAGAAGGUCGUUGGAUCCAUGGAGCAGAAACCUGGACAAAGGAGAGACAAGGCAGAAGGUAGCCAACAACUAUGGUGUCGAACGGGUAGCAGUAGGAGAAUGGAAAUGGAAUCGAUUGCAGAUAGAAAAAUGGUGUUCUCCAAAGUUACCGAUGGUGUGCUGAAAGAGAGGAAAACAAUGAAAAAUGUGACUAUGAAAAAGUUAUUGAAGCUUUGUAUGUUUGGUUUACGCAGCUGAGAGACAAAGGUGUGUGUAUUUCAGGGCCUAUUUUACAGCAAAAGGUAUUGCGUUUUCAAAAAGAAUUUAAUGAAGGGGAAUCAGAUUUUACAGCAAGCAUUGGCUCGACAGGUGGAAGAAACGUUAUGGAAUCCAUCAGUUAAGUGUUUGUGGUGAGAAGCUGUCAUCAAAUUUUCAAGAAAUAGAGGCAUUCAAGAAAGAAAUUCAAGGGGAAAAAAAUUCAAGACUUUGUUGAAACUGAAAGCCUAACGGGUGAUCAGAUGUUUGAUUGUGACGAGACCAGCCUCAAUUGCAAAAUUUUACCGAGCAGGAGUCUUGCAGCCAGAACUGAAGCAGCAGCCCCUGGCUAAAAGCACAGCAAAGAAAGGCUGACAAUGUUAGCAUGCAGCAGUGCUACAGCAAACCACAAAAUGGACCUCGCAAUGAUUGGGAAGCCCAAAAAUCCAAGAGCCUUUAAAACAGUUUCAAAAAAUGCUCUUCCUGUUAAAUACUACAAUCAAAAAGGUUUGUUGAUGACCAGUGAAAUGUUCAAAAGACUAUUAUUAUUAUAAUAACUAUAUUCCAUCCUAUCUCCCCAAGGGGACUCAGGGCGGAUCACAAUACACAUACACGGCAACCAUUCAAUGCUGUUUGGAGACAGGACAGAACAGAAUAAGACAAACAGAAGGAGGUACGUAGUCUUGAAGUCCAGGUUUUUGGUGCCUUGGAGGCUGAUGUUCUGCUCAGAUUCAGUCACAGGGGUGCUGUUGCUUCAUUCUCUGUGACAAAGAGCCAUCAGAACUUCCUCCUUCCACCUUCCUCUUGGUCACCGCAUUUCUGGUCUUGUUCUUUAUGGUGUUUUAAAAUACCUCCCCCACAAUUUGCGUUACCUCAUUUCUCUAUUUACAGCUUGUAAACUGUUUUCGAACUGCUUAGGUAAACAGUGAGCUGGGCUGGAGGUCGAGCGCUCACCCCCGACCGGGCUUCGAACUGGCCACCUUUCGGUUGGUGGAUCUUAUUACUGCUGUUGAUUUACCAGUUGUGCUACAGCCCAGCCCUAAGGAAUUUGUUCCUUCCACGGAGGAAUUUUUGAAGGAAAUUUACCUGCCCAGGAAAGCGGUUUUGUUGCUAGACAAUGCCCCGACGCACCCUGAUGCAGAGGAGCUUCAAGAGGGGGACAUGAAGGCGAUGUUUCUGCCACCGAAUGUAACCGUCAUAUGCCAACCGAUGGAUCAGGGCGUUUUGGAAGAGCUCAAAAGGAACUAUUGCAGGAAGCUAUUCUCGGCAAGGAUAGAAGAAAUGGAAUAAGUUGAUCUCGCAAAGAUGGCGAGACUUGGCAGCGGAGAAAUGGCAAUCGCUGGAAAAGCAGGCAAGGGUCACAGAUUUUAAAAAAUCUUGACAAGACUGAACUUUUUAUGGAUUUAACUUCCAACAGUGUUGUUUUAUGCAAUUCUAUAUUUAUAGUCAAGUUUUUAGUAGUAAAUAUUUUUGUAGUCACUGCUUUCAAUACAUUGCUAUGUUUUGGUGCUAAAUUUGUAAAUACAGUGAUUUCUCCAUAAUGUUACCAUGUAUUGAACUGCUUUUCCUGUCAAUUUGUUGUAGAACAUGAUCUUUGGUGCUUAAUUUGUAAAAUCAUAAUGCAAUUUGACCUUUGAUAGGCUUUUCCUUCAUCCCUCCUUGUUCUCCAACAUUUUCACUUAUCCAAUGUUCUGCCAGCCAGUUUAUGUUGGAUCAUCGAGACUCUGCUCUACUCUGAAAUUAGUAGAUAACGGGGAGAAGAGCCAUGUAUGCACCAAGUACAGGAAGCAUUUGGGACACAACUGGGCCUUUCGUCGAGACCAGCAAGCCCACAGAGAAGAUGGAGGUUCUGCCAGAGAAAGGCCCGACAAAUGCAAUGUAUGUGGGCAGUGUUUUACCCAAAAUAUGGCACUUGUGCUUCACAAGACACUCGAUGUUGGGAAAAGCCAUCUUAAAGGGAAAGUAUCUGCAAAAUGUGUGGUGAAACACAAGAAAUUUCACACAGGUCAGGAACAAUACAGAUGCCAAGAGUGUGGGAAGUGUUUUGCUUCCAGUUCAGCCUUGGUGAGGCUCAAAAGACUCCACACAGGAGAGAAGCCACACCAAUGUCAGGAGUGUGGGAAAUGUUUUGCUGAAAGUUCAGCCUUGUUGAGCCACAAAAGAGUCCACACCAGGGAGAAGCCAUACAAAUGCCAGGAGUGUGGGAAAUGUUUUGCUUUCAGUUCAGCCUUGGUGAGGCACAAAAGAGUCCACACCAGGGAGAAGCCAUACAAAUGCCAGGAGUGUGGGAAAUGUUUUGCUUUCAGUUCAGCCUUGGUGAGGCACAAAAGACUCCACACAGGAGAGAAGCCAUACCAGUGCCAAGAGUGUGGGAAAUGUUUUGCUUUCAGCUCAAACUUGGCGAGCCACAAAAGACUCCACACAGGAGAGAAGCCAUACAAAUGCCAGGAGUGUGGGAAAUGUUUUACUGCCAGUUCAGACUUGGUGAAACACAAAAGACUCCACACAGGAGAGAAGCCAUACCAAUGCCAGGAGUGUGGGAAAUGUUUUGCUGACAGUUCAAACUUGAUGAACCACAAAAGACUCCACACAGGAGAGAAGCCAUACAAAUGCCAGGAGUGUGGAAAAUGUUUUGCUGACAGUUCAAACUUGAUGAACCACAAAAGACUCCACACAGGAGAGAAGCCAUACCAAUGCCAGGAGUGUGGGAAAUGUUUUACUGCCAGUUCAGACUUGGUGAAACACAAAAGACUCCACACAGGAGAGAAGCCAUACCAAUGCCAGGAGUGUGGGAAAUGUUUUGCUGACAGUUCAAACUUGAUGAACCACAAAAGACUCCACACAGGAGAGAAGCCAUACAAAUGCCAGGAGUGUGGAAAAUGUUUUGCUGACAGUUCAAACUUGAUGAACCACAAAAGACUCCACACAGGAGAGAAGCCAUACCAAUGCCAGGAGUGUGGGAAAUGUUUUACUGCCAGUUCAGACUUGGUGAAACACAAAAGACUCCACACAGGAGAGAAGCCAUACCAAUGCCAGGAGUGUGGGAAAUGUUUUACUGCCAGUUCAGACUUGGUGAAACACAAAAGAAGCCACACAGGAGAGAAGCCAUAUAAAUGCCAUGAAUGUGGAAAAUGUUUUACUCAGAGUUCAUCCCUUGACCGGCACCAGAGAAUACAUACUGGCUAAAAAACAGCCAUUGUGGGUAAAUGUCUGAUUUCAAACAGGACCCUUUGAGAAGUUCUGCGUCAGAUUUGGUGAAGUCCCCGUUCUUGUCAUUUGAACCUGUAAGUUGGAGGUCUGUUCUCUGGAGCAGCAGAAAGAAAGCUCUGUGUGACAAUCCUUCAGAGCAGUGGUUCUCAACCUGUGGGUCCACAGAUGUUUUGGCCUUCAACUUCCGUAAAGCCUAACAGCUGGUAAACUGGCUGGGAUUUCUGGGAGUUGUAGGCCAAAACACCCGGGGACCCACAGGUUGAGGACCACUGCUUCAGUGUCAGUUCCUGGAAGGUGUAGGAGACAAAGAUAGGCUCACACAGCUUGUAGCCAUGGAAAACUUUAUUGAAUCCGCCUUGCCAAAAUGGCCGCAAAGCUUCUACUGCCCGUCUUCCGCUCUUUCCCCUCAGUAUAUUGGGUGGUUGCUUCCCUCCUCCCUUCACGUCUCUUCUUCUCCAUUCACACCUCCCUUUCCUUUUGUCCUUUCCCACGUUUGAAGACCAGACCCUGUCAUAAAUCAGCCUUCCCAGCCAAAUGGUCUUCUUUAUCCGAUUUGUUGUAGUCAGGUGUGAAAAGAACAGCUUGGAGAAUGCUGAUCUUUUUGCAUCCUGACAUUCAGAGAGUUAAAUAUUAAGUUAAGUCUUGUCACCUCGUCUGAAAAGAAAUAAACCAUAAGUGAUUCCA